UCUCUGUCUUUUCUUAUGCGACGAGAGAACCCAAGAAAAGCAACAACCUUUAAGCAAAUGGCAACUGAGAAUCCUAUUAGAAUGUCUGGGAGCAAUGAGAGAUGGUCUAACUCUGUUCCUAACCGAAGUGGGAGUGCUCCUCCGAGCAUGGAGGGAUCUUUUCGAGCCGUUGAUAAUCUGUUGUCACGACAGGGCAGCUCCGGUUAUAACAACUCGAGCUUUCAAAAGCAGGAGCCUUUGAAACACAACCUGAACCGCACACCUUCUCCACCUGUCUAUUACCCUGCUCAGUAUCAUCAGUUCGUAGACAAUCGUGUAGGUAGUAGAUUUUAUAAAGUUAAGUCUCCCAUUCACUUGUCCCAAGGUGCACUUUCUACUCACAAGGAAGUGUCUGAGGAUGAAAGCUCUCAGCAGCUAUCUGUUAUUAGUUUUUCCGAUAUGACAAAUGCUGUGGAAGAAGAUUUGAGACAGGAUGAUAGUAGUGAGUCUAACUCAUCAAACGGUGAAAUGAACAUAGCGGAUGAGAGUGGUAAUGUCUCGGAGAUAUCAGAUGAUGCUGCUGCAGUGACUAGAGCUUCCGUUGUCACUGAGAAGACUCCUGAUGAGUCAACCAUCAUCUCUAAGAUGAAGAAUGUCAACAUAUCUGGACCUGGAACUCCCAGAUACCCUCGAGAGCCAAGGAACGCAAGGCCAGAAAGGCAGGUUUAUCAACAACACAAUAAUCUAACAUGGGUUCAAGGCGGCGGUGGCAAAAUGGGUUAUCAUCAUGGUGUAAACGAUGCGGUUAACGGGACCGGACAGUUUCAUUACGGUCAACAUCUGCUUCAGUCUCCAGGCUUUAAGCCGCCGCCUCAGCUUUACGUUCCAACUCAGACAGCUUAUGUGACUUCACCAACUCAAGUCUACAACAUGCAGUCUCCUCCUGUUUACUCUCCUCAAUAUGGUUAUGGACCUUACACUAACAUGAUCCCACACCCACAGUUCAUACCUGGAGGAUACCCUUCACAUGGUUCCGUUCCGCUUAUUGUCGGUCCAAGUGCGGGAGGUGAAAUGCAGUAUGCUCAGAAGUUCUAUGCUCCACAGGGGCAGCCUUCUUUUCCAGAUCCUAUGUAUAUGCAGUACAGUCAACAGCCAUUCGGGCAGAUGGAGCUUCCUAGGGGGAACCAUAAGAAUGGUCCUGAGCCUCAGAAGUUUGUCCGGGGAAUAAGGGGGCCGCCGAGUAACUCUAAUAUGGGUAGAAUGGGUGUUAAUUAUUAUGGAGUCCAGUCAAAUAUUGGCAUUAUGAUGCAGUAUCUGCCUGCACAGCCCGGUGCUCCUCUUUCACCGGGCUCUGUUCCCUAUGUAGAGGCAUCAUAUCCUGGGUGGCGGCCACAGGGCAAUGGUCCGAGACUGUGCAAUUUUCUUGAAGAGCUGAAAUCUGGAAAAGGCAGGAGGUUUGGUUUAUCAGACAUCACAGGACACAUUGUUGAGUUCAGUGCGGAUCAGCACGGGAGCCGGUUCAUUCAGCAAAAGCUUGAGCAUUGUAAUCCAGAAGAGAAAGCAGCUGUCUUUAGGGAGAUUCUCCCACAUGCUUGCAAACUUAUGACUGAUGUGUUUGGCAAUUAUGUCAUUCAGAAGUUUUUCGAGUACGGAAACCCAUCACAGAGAAAGGAACUCGCGGAUCAACUCAUGGGACAGAUAGUACCACUUAGUCUGCAGAUGUACGGUUGUAGAGUUAUACAAAAGGCUCUUGAUGUCAUAGAACCUGAUCAGAGAGUUCGUUUGGCACGUGAGCUUGACGGACAGGUCAUGAGAUGUGUUCGAGACCAAAACGGAAACCAUGUGAUCCAGAAAUGCAUCGAGAAUAUCUCUGCAGACAGAGUUGGAUUCAUGUUAGCUGCAUUCCGUGGUCAAGUGUCCUCGCUCUCUAUGCAUCCUUAUGGCUGCCGUGUCAUACAGAGGCUUCUGGAGCGUUGCGCAAAUGAGCAUCAGUGUCAGUUCAUCACCGAGGAGAUACUGGAAUCAGUAUGCGUCCUUUCCAAGGACCAAUAUGGAAAUUAUGUCACACAGCAUGUCUUGGAGAAAGGGACAUCUAAAGAACGUGAGAGAAUCGUGAGAAAACUAUCAGGGCACAUUGUGCAGCUUAGCCUACACAAAUUUGCAUCAAAUGUUAUAGAGAAGUGCCUGGAGCAUGGUGGCAGAAUUGAGCGGGACCUUAUUAUCGAAGAGGUUGCAGGGCCCGACGAGAGCUAUGAUAGUCUAUUGAUGAUGAUGAAGGACCAGUAUGGAAACUAUGUGGUGCAGAAGAUAUUCGAGACGUGUACUGUUGAGCAGCGUGCAGCAUUGUCCAGCCGAGUCAGGAUGCACGCUUCUGCUUUGAAGAAAUACACAUAUGGGAAACAUAUUGUUACUCGUUUGGAACAGCCCUUUGCUGAAGGAAGCCGAGAAUCGAGGCGAUGACUGGCUCUUCUGAUUCAAGGCAAGUGGCUGGCUGAGAUUUAGUUGAUGAUACAAUUGGCUUUUCACAGAAGCUGGAGAUUCACUGCAUUGGAAAUGUUAAGAGUUGACAAUCAUUGUGGAAGCAAUUGGUUGUGAAGAAACGUAUCAGUAGAUUGUGUGGGCAUGUUGGUAAAUAUUGAAAAAUGUAUUAGUACUGUAGCUGGUUUGUGGAUUCAUCAAAGACAAUUCCAGAACUUUUCUAAACAGUAUCAUUACUGAUUCCAUGCUAGUCGUUAUACAGCCUAGUUCCAUGA